GUAGUUGUUUACUGCAGCGGUCCUGCGAGACGUGUGGUACAGCAUGGUGCUUUGCCCGUACAAAUACAUUGUUUAGUUGACACAGAAUCCACACAAACAAUAUUUUCCGGUUUAAAGUACGGAAAGACACCAUUUCACGAGAAAAGGCUGCUGUCAUUUGAGUCCUCGAUGGGUUUACUGAAUGCACUAAGAGCUGUCAGAUGCUACCUGAGUCCUCUUUCAACAUCAAAAUCAUGGCUUUCCACCAAAGCCUCCUUGCUGGGAGACAGAAACAUCCUGCUCAUGGGUGCCCCUGGAGCAGGGAAGACCACAGUGGGCAGGAUAGUGGCCCACAGGCUGGGACUGCCUGUCAUCGACGUCGAUGACGAUGUCUUGGAGAAGUCAUGGAAGAUGCCUGUAGCUGCAAAGCUGGCAGCAGUAGGCGGAGAGCGUUUCCUGGAGGAAGAAGGCGAUGCUUUGUGUAACUUCUCUGCCUCAGGCUGUGUUGUUUCCCUGACAGGCUCCAACCCUCUGCACACUGCAGCGAUGAAACACAUCAAAGAGUCUGGACUGGUCAUCUAUCUGGACGUGGACAGUGAAGACAUCGUACAGAGACUCACCAGGAUGAAAGUGAACAGGAUAGUGGGACAGGAGACUGGGACGUCCAUGAGGGACAUUCUGCAUUACAGGAAACAGUUUUAUGAGAGAUGGCUUGAUCUGCGGGUGCUGUGUGGAACAGGGGACACAGUGGAGGAAGUUGCAGAGAAGGUGCUGAAGGCUAUGGAGAGAUAUCAGAACCACGCUUCGGAAACCUUUGUGUCAACCAGGGGUGACGGCGUGGAAUCGAAAACACUCUUUAGUGAUGUGGUAGUGGAGGGUCUAGCCACAGAUGGAGGCCUCUACGUUCCCAAAAAUGGCUUCCCAAACAUUGAUACUCGUGAAUGGCUGCGACUAGUUCACAUGUCAUACCCAGAACGAGCAUUAAUUUUACUUGAAAAGUGCAUACACCCAUUGGAUGUCCCUGCUUCGGAUCUAAGAACAAUGAUAUUUAAGGCAUAUGGGUCAAACUUUUCUAGUGAGGCAGUAGCACCUGUAAAACAUCUCAUCCACAAUCAGUAUAUCCAGGAGCUUUUUCAUGGCCCCACUGCCUCAUUCAAAGACCUCGCCUUGCAGCUAAUGCCACAGCUCUUCGCCUAUUGCCUCCCACAGAUGUGCAACUACCUUAUUCUGGUAGCCACAUCUGGAGACACAGGAAGUGCAGUGCUCAGUGGCUUCAGCAGGCUCAGUGGCUCUGACACACACAGGACCGGGGUGCUGGUGUUUUUCCCAGAGGAAGGCGUGAGUGAGAUUCAGAAGCUUCAGAUGAUGAGCUUCAUGGAGGGCAACGCCAGGGCCGUCAGCGUCCUGUCAGACUUUGACUUCUGUCAGAGGAGCAUAAAGAGGAUGUUUGGAGAGGGCGGGCUGACGGGUCACCUCGCUGUGGAGUACAACACCGUUCUUAGCACCGCAAACUCCAUCAACUGGGCCCGACUGUUGCCACAGGUGGUGUACCAUUCCUCAGCCUAUCUGGAUCUAUGCAGAGAUGGAGUUAUCAAGUUCGGGGAGCCCAUUGAUGUUUGCAUCCCCUCUGGUAACUUUGGCAACGCCAUGUCUGCUGUCUACGCUAAGCAGAUGGGCAUCCCGAUAAGAAGAAUCAUCUGUGCGUCCAACCACAACCGCAUCAUCACCGACUUUAUCACCACAGGCGAGUAUGAUCUCCGGGCACGGCCUCUGGCGCUAUCCCACUCCCCUGCCAUAGAUAUCCUGAAAUCCUCCAACCUCGAGAGGUUUAUCUUCCACGUUUCGGACGGAGACAGCCAUCUUGUCAAGGAGCUGUUCACACGCCUAGACAGACAGCAGCACUUUCAAGUUCCCGAGCCUCUUCUUGGCAGGAUUCAGCAGGAAGUGCUGGCUGGCUGGUGCUCUGAAGAAGACUGCUUGGCCGCCAUCCAGAGUGUUCACACACACACAGGCUACCUCAUGGACACACACACCGCCGUGGCUAAAGUCGUCGCUGAUAGGCUGCAGGACGCUUCAUGCCCCAUGGUGCUUUGUUCCACCGCUCACCAUGGGAAAUUUGCUCCCGCUGUGUUCAAAGCAUUACAAAUCCAAAAUAUUCCGGAGGAUCCUAUUGAGCAGCUGAAGAAGCUUGGGUCCACUGCAUCCAGACCUGGAAUACACAGAGACAUGAUGAAGUGCCUGGAGGGAGGCAGCAGGAAGGAACACACUGUGUGUCAGGCAGAGUAUGGGGCGUUAGUUGAAGAAGUGGAUAACAUGAUACAGAGCUCCUUUUUAAAAGUUAUGUAGUAUUAUUUUUAGCAUUUGUUAAUGUCCACCUUAAAGGGGACCUAUUAUGCUUUUUUGAGUUUAUCUCCCACAUCCCCUCCCUGCCUGAAACCCCUCCAUUGGAAUCCUUUGUUCAGUUAUGUACAGUAUCAUAUACCUCAUUCACACCAACGCAACUCCGGUUCAAGCUCCGUGCUAGAGCUUUUCAGGUUCAGAACCGGUUCUUCGGUUUAGCUCCGGCUCUUUUCACACUGCCCAGAG